ACCGGAAAGCUGUGGUAUUUCCAGUCUUCUGUCAGGAAUCAGCUGCAGUCAGGAUGGCGGAGAAAAAGAUGUCUUCGAGCCGGAGGAAUCAGCUCAAGAGUUUGCUGCUGCAGAUCGGUGAAGCGAUGCUGGAGGAGGAGGCACAGGAGGCCGAGAGGCAGAAGAUGAAGCACAUGGAGGAGCACUGCCCCGCUCUCUCCCUCCCGGGCUGCAUGCAGGAGCUCCAGGAGCUGUGCCGGAAACUUCACAAGCAGAUUGAUUUGGUGGACGAGGAGCGAUACGACAUGGAGACCAAAGUGAAAAAGGCCAACAAGGAGGUCGAUGACCUGAAGCUGAUGGUUCAGGAUCUGAAGGGGAAGUUUAAGAAGCCGGCGCUGAAGAAGGUGCGGAUGUCGGCCGACGCCAUGUUGGCCGCUCUGCUGGGCUCCAAACAUAAAGUGUCCAUGGACCUGAGAGCCAACCUGAAGCAGGUCAAGAAGGAGGUGAAGGAGGAGGAGAAACAAACAGGCGACUGGAGGAAGAACAUCGAAGACAAGGCCGGGAUGGACGGCAGGAAGAAGAUGUUUGAGACAGAGGCUUAAAAUCCAGCAGUUUUUUCCUCUGUUGUCCAGCAGUAUUAUUCAUUUCUGUGUAUUAUGUGAGUU